CGGUGAAAUGCCCCCGUUAUCUCCCCACAUUUUCGCCUAUCCCAGCAGCGAAACAGAUGUUGGAGUCCGUUCACCUCCAAUCCAAUUGACGGACCCGGCUUUUUGCUUUCUCUAGGGCAACGUAAUCUUCUAACAGUCCGAGUUUGACCAGCGUUUUUCUUAUCACAGUCGAGAACCGCCUUUCAAGUGCUCUAUUGAACAUACCAGAUACCAUCGACAUAUCACCGUUAUUCCCCACCGGGGCGCGUACCAUCUUCUAACGGCAAUCGCAAGCUUUCUCAAGUUUCUUAUCCACAAGGAAGCUUGGGCCCGUCGCAACCGUCAUCUGUGGACAACCCACCACGAUCGGUCGCGUGCCCCUUCCUGCACGAGUGGCCCUGCUUCGGAUCUAGACAUCACCCAUCUAUGGCAUCGGCUAUAGCGCCACAGCAUCUCAAUGGCAGCGGCGGGUUGAACGGCAGCCAUAAGGUCGCAAGCGGCCCCGUAGCUGCCGUGGAAGCACCGCCCUCGCCGCCGGCGACCGAGACCGACACGGAGGAACCAGAGCCGCCGCCCCCGGCCCUACCGGCGCGACCAGAGCAGCUACGGCGGCUCAAAACGAUACCCCACGCCCCGAUCGGUGAAGAAUAUGCAGAUGAAGAUGAAGAGGAAGAUGAAGAGGAAGAGGAAGGAGCAGGACGGCGAGGGGAGCAUGAGGAAGAUGUGGUGUCACCAUCGAGCAUAACCUCGCCGCCGUACUGGCCGCAUGGGCAAUACCCGUCAUCAUCCAGCUAUAAUCACCACAACGCUUCGAGUGCGUCGGUCGACUCGUUGCAGGUCGGCGGCAUCACGCUGCAGGACAACGACGUCGAUGAUCGGAGUAGUGUCGAUGAUAGGAACCGCGGGUGCUGGGCUAAAAGUGUUGAUGUGACGGAUUACGUCGUCGUCAACGGCAGCGCGACCAAUAUUGGCGCGUUCGUCGUGUUCAAUAUUAGGGUGCAGACCUUGAAUGGCAGCUACAUGAACAUACGGAAGCGGUACUCCGAGUUCAAUAACUUCCGGUGGCGACUCAUUCGCACAUUCCCCAACUUUGAGGCCGCCGUCCCAGAGCUGCCGCCUAAGAGCCUGAUUUCGAAAUUUCGGCCGAGGUUUCUGGAAAAGCGGAGGGCGGGCUUGCAAUAUUUUCUCAACUGUAUAUUACUGAAUCCCGAGUUCAGCGGAUCUCCUGUUCUGAAGGAGUUCCUUUUCUCGUGAUGGCAAGCCCAACGGCUUUAGCCUGGAUAUAUACCCACCCGCAGGCUCGGGACCAGCACCAUUGCAUAUUUAUGCAUCAACGUACAUGAUGCUAAUUCUGGAUAUCACAAUCACUUAGCCUUAUAUAAGAGUUCGAGGC